AUGUCGGCACCGGCGGGCUGCACGUUAUCAAGUUUUGAUGCCACUUGCAGUUUCAGUACAUGGAGUCCACCGUUAAUUGACAGCCAGUUCUCGACAUCUCCCGGAAAUGUAAUUGUCAACGAUAUUGAUGGAACCAUUCCGAGUGAUGCGUUGAGUGGGCUCGCAAACAGUGGCGGCUACACAGGGACCCCGCAGUUAAGCCUGGACUGCGGGUUUGGAAAUAAUAACCAGAUGACUUUACUUAGUGACAGUUUGUCCUCAAAUUUGUCCUGGGUAGAAAAUAUGCUCAUAACUGUACCUGGAACUCCCGAAGCUAAUUUAGACUUCUCUUCUAUCGCAGACUGCUAUGACAUGCAGGUACAGUCUGGAGCCUUUUCCGUAUUGACGGGGCUUACUAUACUCACAGUAAUCGGAGGAAAUUUCACUACCAUUUCCGGUUCAGCUUUUUCCGGUAUGACAAGCUUAACAACGUUGUAUCUCUAUGCUGGGUUUCCAACUUCCGGCAUACCGUCAGGAUUGCUGGACGGUUUGACGGCACUUACAUCAAUUGACAUGUCUCGAACCGCGCUAAACAGCAUACCCAGCGGUCUUUUUGAUGGCCUUACAAGUCUGACAAGCCUGCAGCUGCUGGACAGCAGUCUGACAACAUUGCCAAGCGAUUUAUUCUACCCUUUAAUAAGCCUGACUACCCUUGAUAUCAGUGAGAAUAGUUGGGAGUGUGACUGUCAGCUACAAUGGCUAGGCACCUACCUGACUGCCACAGGAUUAACCACAGACAACUGCAGUUCACCAGCCAGUCUGGCGGGAUUCGACCUCUCAAGGGCACUUCUGUCACUUUCUUGCUCGACGACAACCACCUCUGACGACGGUGAUGAAAAUUGGUACCAUUAUGGAUUAAUAGCUGGAACAUCCCUUGCUCUCAUACUGGCUUUAAUUGCGAUCAUCGGCUGUCUUUACCAACGUAUGCAAUAUGAAGAACUCGUGAAAUCCAUGCAGAAAAGUCAAACUGCGGAACAAAAUGGUACCACGAAGAUAACAAAUAUAAAAUCGAAUCGAGAAAGUAAGAAUGCACAUGAUCUGCCGACGGAAGAUGGCGUGAACAACAUGAAAGAUAAGAAUGUUUGGACUGUUUCCAACGAAGAAAUCAACAGACACCAGGGAAGCCCAUUUAAUAAGCGCUCCCGACAGGUGAUGCCAUCCCGGUCCAAAGUUCAAAGGGGAUGGGCAUCACAGCGUGACCCUGACGAAUGGUGA